GAAAGUGCUUUUUCCCGCACAAUUUUGCGAUUCUUGCAACCGCGAUUGUAGAAAAACCGUAACGAUCGCAAGAUAACAGUUUCGUUUGAACGUGUGUGAUCAAUUUCGAUUUAUAUUUGUGCGGUAUACUUUCAUUUCGGUAAUUCUGAUACUUUUGCACGGUUUCGGUAUUCGCGAUUUCAUUUUUUGGAAAUUCGCGUAUUUUAUACGUUUUCGUUCGCUAUUUCAGACCUCACAAUUUCGUUUUUCGGAAAUUCGCGUGUGAUUAAAGUUUUUUCAAAAGACAAUACAGUUCUAAUAAGAUAAAAAUUUGCAAAAAGUUUACUUCAUUCAAAUCGAUGCCUACUAAUUGAAUCUGCAAAAAUAGCAGAGAAAGUGAUCAUCAUGCCUCGCAAGAGAAAGAUUUGCAAGAUGUUUGCUUCGUUCAAAUUGAUACCAACUAAUUGAAUUUGCAAAAAUAGCAGAGAAAGUGAUCAUCAUGGCCCGCAAGAGAAAGAUUUGCAAGAUGUUUGCUUCGUUCAAAUUGACACCAACUAAUUGAAUUUGCAAAAAUAGCAGAGAAAGUGAUCAUCAUGGCUCGCAAGAGAAAGGUUUUUGCAGCCAAAUUCGCGCGCAGCUUAUCAGCAAUAAUAUCGAACGGACCAUUGUUUCGUGUUUUCGAUUAUAGUUUUCUCAUUGUGCAAUGUACGCGAAAUACGCGUGUGAUUCACGCGUCGCGUCGGGAGUGCCGUGUAAAGUUUCGCGUGUCGGGAGUGCCGUAUAAAGUGUCGGGCGAUCGUAAUUAUUCGUGUUUUCGCGAGUGUCGUGAGUGCUACCAAGAGAGGAGGAGGAGGCCCGGGGAGGCAUCGGGCGACAUCGGGUUAACUACGAGAUCAACGUGCUGUGUACUACAACUCCGCUAUUGCAUCUAUUGAUGGCAUGGAACAUGCUGUAACAACGAGCAAGCUCCUCUACUCAACUUCCCUCUUGUAUCCGCGACAGAUGGCACCAGCAUAACCGAUUCGCUAGGAGCUGAGGAUGCGAGAUUGCGCGGGAAGCAGAAGGGCGCGGACUGCUGGCGCUACGAAGACACCGAGGUCUGGGACCGUCGCGGGAAAUGACCAUGACGAGCGUGGCUGUCGCCCCGGGUAGCCUCGGCGCACCACCAUCUAUGCUCAGCCCCCAGAUGUAUCAUCUGCAGCAGGGCCUGGGCCCGACAUCGAGCUCGCCCGCUUCCGGCAAGAGUUACGACACCUUGAGCAAGGGGAAAAAGUCGUGGAGCGUACGGCUGGGCCUGUCGCGGCAGCACCAGCAGAAUCCCGGGGAUGAUUCGGGCAAGGGCGUUGGUUGGGGCACCAUAAGCGGCAGCAGCAUCUUUUCCCGCCAGAUGAUCUACGGCGGCGAUCCGUGGCUCUACGGCACGGUGAGAUCGUCGCGGAUCGAACAACCGCGGCCGUUCCUGACUCCGCCGCCGCCACCGGGCGCGGCACCGCUGCUCGUGGUAUGUUCCUGCCCGGAAUUCCUCUCCGGCACCGUCAGGAAGCUCGGCAGUUGCCGCAAGUGCGGCGGCCACCGGGUCGCCGGGCUGCCCCUAGGCGGAACCUGCCGGCUGCCGUCGUCGUCCAGAUCCAGACCCAGUCUCGCCGGCGUGUUGAGGACCCCGAUCGACGAUCCGUACGAUCAGAUGCGCCGGAACCGACUGGUGGAGCCGAGAUUGCGGGCGCGCAGCAUCUCGCCGCUUCGCUCGUCCUCGCAGCGAGAUUCCAGGAGCCAGAGCAUGCUUUCGCGGGUUGUCGCGAAGGAGCGAAAGGCCGAGGGCGCAUCGUCGUCGAGAUCCGAGUGGUUCGAUAAAGAACCGAGUACGGCCCCUAACUACGACGAUCGUAAACCGCGACCCGGUUUCUCCAGCAACGGCGGCACCUCGGACGAUUGGAUGCUGGAGGACACCGCGGAAGGUCACCCGCGAAUUCAUCCCGCGAGGCUCACUCGCGUUCCGAAAAGGUCACCGAGAGAGACGAAUCAGAGGAGAAGCGGCCAGGACGAUUGGAAGGAAGGAUCGGUUUCCGCGGACUCGCGAAGGAGCAUCCUCGAGUGCGACGUGAAUCCUUAUCUGUUGCUGAAGAAGCAGAGAGACGAGGACGACCUGAGCGACGAUUUGUCGGACAACGCGUUGGAGCAGGACGAGCUCAGGACGGCGUCCAGCCUGUUCGACUCGUCGAAGGUCAAGUCGAUCGAGAGGAUACCGAACAGGAGCUCGGUGGCGGCGAUCGGCGGUCAACGGAUCAGGGUGUUCAAUGACGCGCCCCGAAAAAUUUCGGACGACGAGGACGACGAGGACGAUGUUGACGAGGCGCCGUUGCCGGUCACCAGGAUCCCGAUACCGAAGAUAUCGCCGAAGAGACCGCCGAGGCGGCUGAAGGAAGCCCGGCAGACGUUGAAGAGCAUCCUGAAGCGCGGCCGCGUGUUCGAGAGCAAGAGGAAGAAUGUGCUCUUCAACGUCGACAACGUGAUAUUCGCGCCCGAGAAACCGUCCGAAGCGACGCGAAUGUCCUGGAGCAAGAUCGGCAGGAUCGCCAGUUGCAACAAGGAGCAGCAGCGAAUCAGCAGUCCUGGACCCGAGCGGGAGGAAACGCCGAUCGUGUCGCAGGAUCAGCAGGAGAAACACAACUUUAUCACGAUCCCGAAUAUCAGGGAUCCGAGGGUGGACAGGAUCAGGUUCAAGGAGCCGAGAAUCGUGUCGGAAGUGAAGAAGACCACGUCGUCCGGUCUCGACAAGAUCAAGAUAGACAAAUUUGUUCCAUCCAGAAAGCCCAGUCGUCCUGUCGCCUCCAAGAAGCAACAGGACGAAAUCAGGAACGUACAGCGAUCCUCGCUCGGCUCUUCGUUGUCGAAGAGCGUUCCUAGAGAGAGGGAGGAGACGUUGGCAGGAGAGAGAGGAUUGUUAGACGAAAGGACCAUCCGACCCGAAGACGAGACCGAGCUGGAGAUCGAGAUCGAGGAGCUGAAGGACCGUUUGCCGUGCAUUGCUGUGGACGAAAAGGACCUCAUCCUAAAAUCCGAAGAGAACUCGAGAAAAUCCCUGUUGACGCGGAGCCAAAGCGAUCGGUCAUUCAGUAGACCGGACGUCUCGGCGGGCGACGUGCUGUUCUCGGACACGAUGCGGUUCAGUCUGAGCAAGAAGAUCAAGUCGCCGUCGUCGCCCAUCGGUGCACGCGCAAUUUCGCGCGAGGACAUAAACGAGGAGAGUUCUCUGGGAAGGAAAGGCAAGACGGAAGAGCUCGGGGCGAAAACUGGCGACCUCAAGGAGCCCGAGAUCGAGACGCGUGAAAAUGUUAAGACAGCGACCGAGAAGAAGAAUGCUGUCGAGAACGACGCGGAACAUUCGCUGGACGCGCGUAGCGACAUUUCCGACGCGAGCAACGAACACUUCCGUACGAUGAGACCCACGAGUUGGUCUCCGCCGCCUGGUAGACAGAGGCAUCGCUUCAAAAUCGAGUCCAGCGCGGACGAGAGUCCCGUAAACUCCAUCAGGGAUCAUCGGAGAACAGUUUCGUCGGCGUCGACGGCCUCCUGGAACUCGGCGAGCUCGUACGGAUCCUCGAAGAUCGAGAUCAACUCGCCCGAGAACAACGUCUGCAAGAUCACGGUGAGUCCGCGCUCGUCUCCGCUGGUCCAUCGGCUGCAGAUCGGUCCGAACUCCAGCUCGAAGGGUGCCAGAAGAACGUCCAUCCUCAUCAACGGCGAUCAGAACACCAGCCCGGAACCGGCGCGGGAUAACAAAGUGACCAUCAGCGUCGGUGGAGAGGACAGCGUGUGUAAUCCGACGGUGAUCUCCGUAAACUCGGAGAAUCCCCCGAAGAUCCAGAGCUCCUCGGAGAAUCGCACUCUGGUGAUACUCGAGAAUUACAGGGCGAACAUCGUGGUGGAGUCGGCGAACGAUGACUCGCGUCCAAAACAGAUCGGAAGGGACAAUCACGCGGUCGAGGACAGUAAAACGAGCUCGAAGGCGAAUGACGAGGAAGCACCUGCGUCGCCCAGCGAGGAAACCUCCUCGUGUUUCGAGAAGCAGAAGAGGUUGAGCGUCGAGAUCAAGUCUUCGGAUGCUAAUCAGCCGAGAUUUAACACUCCCGAGGAGAAAGUGACGCGAUCGGAGUCAAAAGCGCGAUUUAAGGACAUCGAGGAUUCGCCCGGCUUGUCGAAAGAAGCUUUGAUCUCCAAGCUGCUCGAAGACUCCCUCCGAAAGGCUCGCGAGAACGGCGAGAUCCUCGACGAGGACAGCGGCCAGGCCAUCCUGAAGAUCCUGAAGCAGAGCUUGUUGAAGAGCAAAGAGUACGAGAGCUCGGAAUCGACUCUCGAAGCAAAUUACUCGCGAUCGUCCAGCUUGAAUUCGGACGGCGACUUUAUCUCGACGAAUCUCUUCCUCGAGGAGAAUCCCUACGAAGUGAUCAAGGAACCGAUCUACGAAGAGAUACCCGACGAACCGCCACCGUUGCCCUUGAGUCCGCCACCCACGGAGGAUUACCUCAAGGACAGAAUCUACUUCGGCGACGUCGAAUAUUACAAAAAGAUGACGCCGGGUCAGUUUCUCGGUCCAUAUUUAUCCGAGGAAGUCUUCAAGAAAUCCAACUCGGAGGAGCUAGCCCAGACCUACUUGUCCAAAAGUCCCGAAGAUUUUUUCAAAAAGAUGUCGACGUCGCCCGAGGACGAGACUAACAUCUCUACAAAGUUCGAGCUCUUGAACUUUCUGAUGGACUCCAAAGAUCGCACACGCCCUGUGGAAGAGGACGAGGAUGAGGACGAGGACGAGGAAGAUGACGCCGAGAGAGAUCUGGAGGCUCUGUACGAGCAGAAGGAGACGAGCCUGGGCGAUCUCAGCUCCAAAAGCUCGCAGAUCUCCAACGUAUCCGACAGCAGUGAGGAGUGCAACAUCAUCCUGACGAGCUCGCCAGAGACGUUGAAGUCGAGGACGGUCGACAUAGAGAGAACCGACAGCGGGGUCGGGUCCGAGAGCAGCCAAGCCAGCAGCACUCGCGGUGUCGCGAGACGCUGGCGGACAGGAAACAAUGUCUCUUCCGGUCCGGGAAGCCUUCUCAAUGGAAUACCACAAGUGAUCUCCGGUACUGCGAAGCUGUGCGAGGAUUGCGAGCAGCGACUGGAUCCCCUGAUAACGGACAGCGGCGUGGUUUACGCGCCCUUCGUCUGCCGGAAGUGCUCGAAGAAGCGUGCGGAGCGGAAAGAGAUCAUCACAGAGAUCGUCGAGACCGAACAAAAGUACGGCAGAGACUUGCAGAUCAUCCUCGAAGAAUUCCAUCGACCAAUGUUGAGAGCGGGCCUCCUCACGUCGGAGCAGUUGUCGGCGAUCUUUCUGAAUGUCGAGGAGUUGCUCGAGCACAAUGUCGUUUUGGCCGAAAAGUUAAAGGACAGCGUGGAACUCGCUCAGGUAUCCGGGGACGAGGAUCUUCUGACGGUGGACCUGGGCAAGAUCUUCCUCGAGUCGGAGAGAAUGCUUCAUGCUUUCGAGAGCUAUUGCACGCGUCAAGGCGGCGCCAGUUUAUUACUGCAAAACUUGGAAAAGGAAAAGGAGCUUUUACGUAUUUUCCUCAGGGUUUCUCAAAUGGAGAACACAGUUUUGCGAAGAAUGAAUCUGAAUUCCUUUUUAAUGGUUCCUGUCCAAAGAGUUACGAAAUAUCCCCUUCUGCUGGCACGUUUGCUCAAAGCAACGCCUUCUGUUCGACCCGACAUUCAAGAAGCAAAAAAGAGGCUUAAGCAAGCUCAAACGAACAUCGAGUUACAUUUGGAACAUAUGAAUGCUGAGGCGAAAGAUGUUACGUCGACGAAAUUAUGGAGGAGAAUAUCGAUUAUUCAAAAUGGCAGACGGUCUAUCGGCGAACAGGAUAUGGUCAAUAUCAAAUUGAGGAAGAUGGCUGUCGAGAUUUUGGAAUGGGCUCACGAGGAAGCUAGGUUUGUUCUCGAAGGACGUCUUUUAGUAGCACAGCCGACUGAUAAUAAUUGGAGACGUGGUCGAACUGUCAAACUUGCACCUGUCACUGCCAUGCUUGUUACAAACGGCAAGCCGAAUGCCGAUUAUCCUGAAUUUAACGACGAGUCGCUCUUUCCGAAGCAUAUAGGUAUUAAAGAAGCUACUUUACUUCUGGUCAAAGAGAAACUUGGACGAUAUUCUUUACUACGUGAGCCACUAUACCUCGAUAAAUGUAUAGUGUGCUGUGAAACGGAUCUCGAAGAUUAUUUCGAAAUACAGGAAUUAUCUUCCAAGGAGACGUUUAUAUUUAAAGCAGAGGAUGGCGCAAGAACAAAAAGAUGGUGCAGAACGUUGCAGGCUCACGCACAGUCCCUCGGUGCUUGGCGUAAACGUCGAGGGGCUCUACCCAACAUCAUGAUCUGCGGUGUAGCAAGAAAUUAAUGAAAAAGAAAGAAACUUAGAUGUAACAAAUGUGUACGCGACAUUAAAGAUAGAGUACUUCCAACGGCACAAGACAUCCUAAGCAAUUACAAGAAUUCGUGUACAUGAUCUCCAGGUAAAUAAAUAAUAAUUUUUGGAGAGAGAAAAAGAGAGAACGCACUGGACCAAAGGAUUUCCUCGGCUCGUCGACGCACGACUGUCGAUGAGCAACACGUCUAGUUCUCAUCGAAUUCAGUCAGGUAUUAAUCACUUACAUUCGGUUGUUACAGUACGUUGCAGAAACUUGAGUUUCCUAUGUCACUGUAAUUAGAAUGUUACGUGGCGCCGAGUUCGCGCACGAUUCCAUCGAUUCCUAAUGAAUAAUUCUAAGUAUACAUAUAUUACAUGCAUAGAAUUAUUUAAUAUCUAUAAUUAUAUCCUUCAGAAAACGAGUAGCUGUGAUAUUGACCGGUGUAUUGGGUAACAACGUUUUCCUUUCGCAGAUUAUUUACGGAUAUUAAGAUCCUUAUUUUACUGUUUAUUGUCCAUCUUCGAUUCUUUUUAUCGCAGUAUCGCGCAUUAAAACGACAAUACUAGGAUAGAUUUUAUUAGAUCCGAGGUAAUAGGGUUUGCAAAUUAAUAGUAUCGAAGAGUAAUAUUUUCGUGUGAAUCAGCAGUAUCAAAGGAGAGAGAAUGUCGGAAUAAAUAACUAUUUCGUACACAAUCAGUGAGUAUUGAGAAUUUUUUUAAAACUAGAGGUACGUCUUUUUUUCUCUCCUCUGCAAUUAUUCUUUUCUUCCAGAUAAUUAACAGUAUUUUUAUUACUAUGUCUAACACAAGAAAAAAAAUGCAAACUGUACAUUGUACUAUAUUUUUAUUUAAUAAUUAAGCCAUAGUAUCGUACAUGUAUAUAAAUGUAUAUUUACAGAGAAGUUUUCACACAAUUAUAUAAUCGAAAUUUAUUGUAACAAAUUAGUCUGCUGCAUUACAAAUCUGCGAUUUAAUAAAAUUUAAAUAUAAUA